CCCGCCAAAUCUAUGCUCCAUUCGAUUGCAAGCCAGCUGUAGCGGCCAUUUUGAAUGAAGAACGCUUUGGACACAGAUGCACUAGAAAAAAGGACUUAGACUCAAUCUGUUCACCUUUAAAGGAUAUUUUACGUGAAGCAUGUAUAUAAAACAGGUUAUAAUUCAAGGUUUCAGAAGCUACAGAGACCAAACAAUUAUUGACCCAUUCAGUCCCAGACACAAUGUAGUUGUGGGAAGAAAUGGUUCAGGAAAAAGUAACUUCUUUCUUGCAAUCCAGUUUGUCCUCAGUGAUGAAUUUAGUCACAUGGGUCAAGAAGAAAGACAACAGCUACUUCAUGAAGGAACUGGACCAAGAGUUGUUUCUGCAUAUGUGGAAAUUAUUUUUGACAAUGCUGAUAACAGAAUACCAAUAGAGAAAGAGGAAGUUUCUUUAAGGAGAGUGAUUGGCUCCAAGAAAGAUCAGUAUUUCCUUGACAAGAAAAAUGUGACCAAGGCAGAUGUCAUGAAUCUGCUUGAAAGUGCUGGUUUCUCUCGUAGUAAUCCAUAUUACAUUGUGAAACAAGGCAGGAUAAUGCAGCUUGCAGUUGCUAAAGACCAUGAAAGACUGAAGCUGCUUAGGGAAGUUGCAGGUACACGUGUUUAUGAUGAGAAGAAAGAGCAAAGCAAAUCCAUACUCAAGGAAUCAGAGGGUAAUCGUGAUAAAAUCUCUGAGAUGCUGAGCUACAUAGAAGGAAGACUGGAAACUCUUGAAACUGAGAAAGAGGAACUGAAAGAAUACCAGAAGCUGGAUAAAGACAGGAGAUGCCUUGAGUAUACAAUUCAUGAUAAGGAGCUUAAAGAAACCAAGGAUAAGCUGGAGGACCUUGACAGGAAUCGCCAAGGGAAUACCGACAGAGGCCGAGAACUUCAUGACCUUGUACGUCAAGCAACUGACAAGAUCGAGGAAAUUAAUAAAAAAAUUAAAGAACUGAGUGACCAGAAAAACAUGACAGAGGUUGAUAAACAGCAAGUUAUGGACGAGAAAGGUGAUCUGAUCAAAACUAAAACAAAACUUGAACUCGAUAUUCGUGAUCUUGAAGAGGGAGUCAACGAAGACAUCAACACAAGGAAAAAGAAUUCUCGAGACCUGAAGAAGCUUGAAGAACUUAUAAGAAACAAAGAAGCAGAACUUGAGGAAAUUCUGCCGGAGUAUAGUGAGAAGAAAGCAACUGAAGAGGACUGCCAAAGCCGAAUGAACUCCAAAGAACAAAGACGCGAGGAUCUCUAUGCUAAGCAAGGAAGAGGCUCUGAAUUCAGAACCAAAGAAGACAGAGAUCAGUGGAUAAAGAAGGAGCUAAGCUCUCUAUCAAAGACAAUCAAGACGAAGCAACAAAAGGUUGCACGGAUAACCGAUGAAGUAAAGAAAGCCAGGGAUCGUUUGCAGCAAAUCGAAGAAGAAAAUAGGGAAAGAAGUGAUAAUUUGGAGGAACGCAAAUCACAGAUGGAAGAUGCUAACGCCCAUUUUAGGAUUUUGCGAACAAAAAGAGAUGAACAUAACAACAGAAGAAAGGAGUUGUGGAGGGAAGAGAAUGCGAUGGAGCAGAGUUUGCAGACGACUAAAGAAGAACUAGGAAGAUCAGAGAGGAAUUAUAGAUCCACAAUGAGCAAGGCAGUUGCUAAUGGUAUCGACAGUGUGCUCAAAGUCAUUGCAGAGAAGAAUAUCGAUGGUGUUUAUGGUCCUCUGAUCGAUAACUUCACAUGCGAAGACAAGUUCUUUACUGCUAUCGAGGUGACAGCUGGAAAUAAGCUUUUUAACAUUAUUGUCGACAAUGACAAGAUUGGUGCACAAGUUUUGUCAAUCAUGAACAAACAGAAACUGCCUGGUGAAGUCACCUUCAUGCCGCUGAAUCGGUUGAAGUUCAAAGAUAUUGAUUAUCCUCAAUCGGCAGAUGUUAUUCCAAUGAUAAGCAAAGUGAAAUUCCAUCCGAUGUUCAAGCCUGCAAUGCAAUUGGCGUUUGGAAAAACCCUCAUUUGCAGGAACAUGGAAACUGCCUCGCAGUUCUCCAAAAGUGCAGACUUGGAUUGCGUAACAAUGGAAGGUGAUCAGCACAGCCGGCGAGGUGCUCUGACGGGCGGUUUCUAUGAUUCCCAAAAAUCUCGACUGGAUUUGCAAAGAAAGCUGGGAGAGGCAAAGAAGAAGCUCGAAGAACAAGAUCAGCAGCUCAAACUUCUUAAAGAGAAAAUAACUGCUGAAGAAGCUGAGGUGACGUCAAUCGUAAAUGAGUUGCAAAAGGUGGAAACAAAGCAGGACCAACUUAGGAAAACCUACGAAAGGCAAAAGGAAGAUGUCAGACAUUUGACCAGUGAGAAGGAAGGACUUGAACGCUCACUUCAAAACAAAGAGAACGUUUUGCACUCAUUACAAGCUGAUUUAUCAAGAUACGAAAAGCAAGCGCAGUCUUUAAAUGAAGAACUCGGAUCUGAAUUGCUCUCUCAGCUUGACCUUGAAGACCAGCAAGAGGUUGAGCGUCUCAAUGAUGAAAUUCUUCAUUUGCAAGACCAGAUUAAAACAGCCUUCUCACGACGAACAGAGCUUGAAGCACAGAAAGAAGCGCUGGAAAACAUGCUUCAUACAAAUUUGUACAAGAAACAGGAAGAGCUGAAAGCGAGCAUGGAAGAGGUGAAUUCAGCGGAGCGACAAUGGCAUUUGGAUUCCAAAAACGAAGAGCUCGACAGAUGCAAUAAAACCCUAGAAAGAACAUCAACAAGAGCCCAAGAUUUGGAUUCUAAUCUCGAUAUAAUCAAGAAAGAACUUCAACAGCAGCAAAAGUCUCUAGAGCACUGGAAGAUUGAAGAAAAAGAGAAAAGCGACGCAAUCCAAGAAGACUCGAAGUUGAUGGAAAAGGCGGCUAACAAACGUAGUUUGCUAAUAAAAAAGAAAGAAGAGUGCAUGAAGAAAAUUCGAGAUCUUGGAAGCCUGCCAGCUGAAGCUUUUGAGAAGUACCGCAAAGUCAACGUUAAGCAGCUUUGGAAAAAACUUGACAAAUGCAACGCAGAUUUGAAAAAAUACAGUCAUGUUAACAAAAAAGCCAUGGAUCAAUUUGUCAGUUUUUCUGAGGAAAAGGAAAAGUUUAUCAAAAGGAAGGAAGAGCUUGACAAAGCACACGAGGCCAUCGAAGAUCUAAUGGAAGUCUUGGAGCAACGAAAACACGAAGCAAUCUUGUUCACCUUCAAGCAGGUGUCGCAUCAUUUUUCUGAAAUAUUCAAACAGCUGGUUCCCAGUGGUAAAGCAACCUUGAUCAUGAAAACAGAUGCCGCUGACUCACAGGAAGAUGAAGAGAGUGUUGCUUCAUCGCAGCGGUCGUCAUCGAGCCAACGAUCAAUGAAGCCGAUCGACGAAUUCACUGGCAUUUCUAUCAAGAUAUCGUUCACGGGUAAAAGUGCAGAAACGUUGGAGAUGAAUCAGCUCUCUGGUGGACAGAAGACCCUAGUCGCCUUAACCCUUAUUUUCGCAAUUCAGAAGUGUGACCCGGCACCAUUUUACUUAUUCGAUGAGAUCGAUCAAGCUUUAGACCCUCAGUAUCGUAGCGCCGUUGCAGUUAUGAUUCACAAAUUGGCCGCUAAAGCACAAUUCAUCACAACCACCUUUAGGCCGGAGCUUCUGGAAUCAGCAGACAAAUUUUAUGGGGUACAAUUCAAAAAUAAAGUCAGUCAUAUUCUGUCGAUUACCAAAGAGCAAGCCAAAGACUUUGUAGAGGACGAUACCACGGAGAAAUGAUCUUCUCCCAGCAUUUUGAAAGUUUUCUCUGUAUAAGUUCGCUUUUUAUGUUGUACAUAACCGUUGUUCAAAGUUGAAAGUUAAAUUAG